AUGCCACGCAAACGUAAAUCCAAUCUAAGCCGUAGUUCUAGCAGAGCUCGAACUGCAAAAGUUGCUAGAAGCCAAGAAUCUGAAGAGCAGACUCAGACGCGUCAGAUGUUAGAUUCUCAGCGUCAUGCGACUCAAAGAGCUUCUGAGACCUAUACGCAGACUCAAGCCCGUAGGACCUUAGAUGCUGAGCGCCACGAAUCUCAAAGGGCCUCUGAGACGUUUACACAGACUCAAGCCCGUCAGGCCCUAGAUGCUGAACGCCACGCAUCUCAAAGAGCCUCUGAGACGUUUACGCAGACUGAGACCCGUCAGGCCCUGGAUGCUGAACGCCACGCAUCUCAAAGGGCCUCUGAGACCUAUACGCAGACUCAAGCCCGACAAACCUUAGAUGCUGAGCGCCACGCAUUUCAAAGGGCCUCUGAGACGUUUACGCAGACUCAGGCCCGUCAGACCCUGGAUGCUGAACGCCACGCAUCUCAAAGAGCUGCUGAGGCAGUGGAACAGACUCAGACACGUCGAGUUUUAGAUGCCGAACGUCACGCGCAAUUGAUUGCGGCAGAGACUGACGAAGAUUCACAAAGACGACGUCUUUUAAAUGCUGAACGGCAGGCAGAAAGAAGACGUACGUUUUCAAUGAGUACGUGGGAGGCAUUUAAUGGUGCCGCUUUUGAGUAUGACCCUUUGAUCGACUAUGUUAAUCACCGAUUGGUUAUCAUUGGGAGAAUGGAUAAAAAAUGCAGAUAUUGUGAAGCACUGAAAUGGAAAGAAGAAACUCCAGGUAUGUGCUGUUCUGGUGGAAAGGUUAAAAUUCCAUUACUUGGCGAGCCAGAGGAACCUCUUAAAUCUUUACUUUUAUACGACAGUAAUGAAUCGCGCCGGUUUUUAAGCAGGAUUAGAAAGUAUAAUUCUUGCUUUCAGAUGACGUCAUUUGGUGUAGAUAAGGAGGUCGUAAUGCCUGGAUUUUCACCUACUUUUACCAUCCAAGGACAGGUGUAUCACAGGAUUGGUUCCUUACUUCCCGCAAAUAAUGAACAACCAAAGUUUUUGCAACUUUAUUUCAUGGGCGAUGAAAAAAACGAAGCUGAUCGCAGGUGUCAAAAUAUACAAGGGAUCGAAAGGGAUACUGUUUUAAAAAUCCAGAGAAUGUUGCAUGAACAUAAUCGCCUUAUCAAUACUUUCAAAACAGCACUAGAAAGAAUGCCGGGAGAGGAUUAUAGGUUGGUGAUGCACCCCGAUCGCACACCAAGUGGGGAACAUGAAAGGCGGUAUAAUGCACCGUUAAUAAAUGAAGUCGCAGCCUUGGUUACAGGCGAACAGUUUGCUUUCCGUGAUAUAGUUUUACAGGCCCGAGAUGACACAUUAACCAGGGUGCCUGAUACUCAUAAAUUUUAUGAUGCGUUGCAAUAUCCGAUCAUAUUUAGUAAGGGACAAGAGGGGUACCACUUUCAAGUUCCUCAAAUUAAUCCUGUAACAGGUCUCCCCUUGCAUAACAAAAAGGUUUCAUGCAUGGAUUUUUAUGCCUACAACAUGAUGAUACGAGAAAACAACUUUAACAUUGUACAAAGAUGCAAGCAACUGGCCAAUCAGUUUUACGUUGACAUGUACGUUAAAGUUGAAAGCGAGAGGUUACGGUACAUAUCAUUAAAUCAAACUAAACUAAGAGCAGAGAAUUACAUCCAUCUUCAAGACGCUGUGGCAAAUGACGCUAAUUUAAAUCCAAAUAACUUAGGUCGUAUGGUCAUUUUACCAUCUUCAUUUGUAAAUAGCCCGCGGUACUUACACGAAUAUACUCAGGGCGCGUUUGUUUAUGUGCGUACACAUGGUCGCCCUGACUUAUUCGUCACCUUUACUUGCAACCCAGCCUGGCCCGAAAUAGUCAAUCAGUUGAUGCCGGGGCAAAGCGCAAUAGAUAGACAUGAUGUAGUCGCAAGAGUUUUUAGACUAAAAGUUAAAAAACUAAUGGAUGUGAUUAAUAAAGGCCGAGUGUUCAGAGAAGCGCGCUGCUUUAUGUACUCUGUGGAAUGGCAGAAGCGUGGACUGCCACAUGUCCAUAUAUUAUUGUGGUUAAAAGAUAAGUUACGACCCGAUCAAAUAGAUAACAUAAUCAGCGCUGAAAUACCGGAUCCUAACAUUGACAAGAUCCUCCAUGACAUUAUUGUAAAAAAUAUGAUUCACGGUCCAUGCGGACCCGAAAAUCCACAGUGCCACUGCAUGAAAGACGGAAAAUGCACAAAAAAAUUUCCUCGCAAGUUAGUGAAAGAGACCGUUCACAACGACCACGGAUACCCGCAGUAUCGUAGAAGAGCGCCACCAGACGGAGGUCGAACAGCAACCGUGAAGCUCCGAAAUGGUAGCUACGUUACGGUUGAUAAUAGUUGGGUAGUCCCCUAUUCACCAAUUUUAUCAAAAAUGUUUAACGCCCACAUAAAUGUUGAGGCAUGCAGUUCAGUACGCGCCAUCAAAUAUAUUUGCAAAUAUAUAAACAAGGGUAGUGAUCAAGCUAUUUUCAAUUUUAGAAAUACUGAUCUUGCGAAUCCCGUAGAUGAGGUACAAACUUAUCAGUCUGGUCGGUAUGUCAGCAGCAACGAAGCCGUGUGGCGUCUGUUAGCAUUUCCGUUGCACGAAAGGCAUCCCACCGUGACACAUCUCAGCGUGCAUUUAGAAAAUGGUGAACGCGUUUAUUUUAAUGAACACAAUUUCCACGAACGAAUAACUACUCCGCCAAAAACCACACUCACUGCUUUUUUUGAUCUUUGUAUCAGAGAUGAGUUUGCAAAAACUCUUCUUUAUGUCGAGGUGCCGAGGUAUUAUACUUGGGAUGCAAGUAGGAAAACUUGGAAACGCCGCAUUCAAGGUACUUCAGUUCACGAUUGGCCUGGCGUCAAAUCUGGAGAUGCUUUAGGACGAGUUUAUACAGUUCAUGUUAGUAACAUGGAAUGUUUUUGUCUACGCAUGCUUUUACACCAUGUGCGCGGACCUACCUCUUUCAAUGAUCUAAAAAAAUACAACACACAAGAUUAUCCUACAUUUCGAGAGGCAUGUGAGGCAAGAGGAUUACUGGAGAAUGACAACCAUUGGGAUGUGACACUGGAAGAAGCUGCUCAAUGUAGAUCAGCAGGCAAGAUGAGAGAGCUAUUUGCUGUAUUAGUAGCGACAUGUGGUCUUUCAAAUCCUCAACAAUUGUGGGAUAAAUACAAAAAUGAUAUGAUCGACGAUAUAUUGCACAGAUUACAAGAGCAAAAUCCCAAUGACACGUACAGUGAUUUAAUUUACAAUGAGGGUCUGACAAAAAUUGAAGACCAGGUUAAAACAAUUUCUGGAAAGGAUUUAUCAGAUUAUGGAAUGAUCAGACCACAGAGAACCGAGGAAAUCAGUAGCGAUUUAAUACGGGAACUAGAUUACGAUACUGCUUCCUUACAACAACAAUUGACGGAGUCUGUUCCACCGCAAAUCCGAAAAGAUAAAGGAAUUGCUGUAGCAGUUGCCUCUUCCGGAAUAGCCGCCACUCUGCUCAAUGGUGGUCGAACGGCACAUUCGGUGCUUAAACUGCCAUUAAACUUAGCCCAUGAAGAAAUGCCAGUCUGUAAUAUAAGUAAAAACAGCGAGCGUGGACGUAUGUUGCAGCAAUGUAAAUUAUUAGUUUGGGAUGAGUGUACUAUGUCCCAUAAAAGAGCAAUUGAAGCUCUAGAUCGGACUUUGAAAGACAUCAAGAGUAAUCCAAAUAUCAUGGGGGGGAUGGUGGUACUUUUAGCGGGCGAUUUUAGACAGACUUUGCCGGUUAUCACUAAAGGCACCCCUGCAGAUGAAAUAAAUGCGUGUUUAAAAGCGUCAACGUUAUGGGUGCACGUAAAAACGUUAAGUCUGUCUACAAAUAUGAGAGUGCAACUACACAAUGAUGUACAAUCUGGACAAUAUGCUGCUGCUCUUCUUAAAAUUGGAGAAGAUCGUAUGGCAAAGGAUGGUAAUGGCAUGAUUACAUUGGAUCGUGAAUUCUGCAAUGUUGUGCAUAAUCCAGAUGAUCUAAAUAACUUCGUCUAUAGCGAACUGCUAACUAAUAUGAGGAAUAGAGACUGGUUAUGUGAAAGAGCAAUUUUAGCGCCGACGAAUGAAAUGGUGGGACAGAUAAACGAGCAAAUUAUGUCACGCGUGGAAGGUGAUAUUGUUGAGUUUCUCUCUGUAGACACUGUAAUGGAUACUGAACAAGUAAUAUCAUACCCUGUAGAAUUUCUUAAUUCUUUAGAACUGUCGGGAGUACCUUCACACAAACUGAGGCUGAAAGUAGGCGUUCCUGUCCUUUUAAUGCGGAAUUUAGAUGCACCAAGACUGUGUAAUGGCACACGGUUGCAAGUGACACACCUCGGUCGCAAUAUUGUAAAAGCAAUCAUUAUGACUGGAAUGGCAAAAGGAGAGAACGUUUUAAUCCCCCAAAAAUACUUCAGUGCCAAUCGUACGGUUUAUUUUAGGGGACCAGCCCAGGCGCCGCCCGACUCAGGGCACUACGUCACGGACGUAUAUUCCCGCUCCGCCACCGCAAUUCAAUGCGUGGUCCAGGUCACCACCAACGGUCGUUACAACCAAGGUAGCCCCGGUCACGCCUACUGCGCCUGUCGCGGCCCCUGCGCCUGUCGCGGCCCCUGCGCCUGUCGCGGCCCCUGCGCCUGUCGCGGCCCCUGCGCCUGUCGCGGCCCCUGCGCCUUACAGGCCACCGUUGGCCUCCUGCCCGGCGGCACCGGCCCCGCGGCUGAGGCCUGCCGUGCCCGCGCCACGACAAAACGGCGCCGCUACCGAUAUAGCGUUUAUGUGCAAUCUCGCCCGACAUAUGCGGAGCUGCAGGCCCUCGCCGCGACGCUCAAGCCGUUCUCGAACUAA